AGGCACCGACCGGAAGCGCCCCCUGACCCGGCCGAAGGGCGAGCCGCGUUUCCGGUUCCGGGUGGGCCGGUGACCUUGGGGAGCGCGCUCCCCCCCCCCCGGCAAGCAGGGAGGCAAGAUGGCGGCGGCGAUGCUGGCGGGGCCCCGCGGAGGCGUUCUCCUGAAUAAGGCUCUUCUGGCCAGAUCAGCCAUUGCCUGCUCAGCAUUUGAGGAACGCCGCCCUCUGUUAUGCAGAAUCCACACAUCCCCAAGAAGUUUAGCAGGUUCCAAGGCAGCCUCUCUACACUGGACAGCCGAGCGAGCAGUCAGCGUCUUCUUGCUCGGCCUCCUUCCUGCGGCCUACCUGUACCCUGGACCGGCCGUGGACUACUCUCUAGCUGCGGCGCUCACACUCCACGGCCACUGGGGCCUCGGCCAAGUCGUAACCGACUAUGUCCACGGAGAGACGUCCAUCAAGCUAGCCAGCGCCGGCCUCUACGUGCUCUCCGCCGUCACCUUUGCCGGCCUCUGCUACUUCAACUACCACGACGUGGGCAUCUGCAAGGCCGUGGCCACGCUGUGGAAGCUUUGAGACGCGACAUCCACCGGCGGCAAAACGCAACAAUUGUCCACCGCUGCCUCGGCUUCGUCGUUGAAUAAGGGAGAAAGAGCAGCAGAACUCUCUGCACCGCACACACAAGAAUAUGGGGGGUGGGGGGGGUGGGGAAAGAGAGGCUUUCAGGUGUGGCUUAACAGCUGGAAGUUGCUAAAAAAAGAUACGGGGACUCUCACCAAGCAAUGAAUCAGACCUGAAAGAGGUUAGAAUUGGGGACGGGCGCGCUGCUGGCGACAGGAUGCUUAAGUCAACUUUUCUCGCUCUCUGCGACUUGCCUUUCCCUGUCCAGUGUCAGCCUGGUGUCCCCCUGUGCAGCCUAACUGAUAGUCAUAUUUUUUGGUCUCGUGCUUCAGUCCUGAAGUCGCGCUUAGUGAAUUGUGUACGCAGCAUGUUGACCUGGGCUCAGACUGCGCCCUGAGCAGUCGCUGUGCAAAAGGGAACCCUUUUUCUUCUUCUUCGUUUGCUUGUUUUUAAACUGUAUACAAUAAAGAAUUUACACCACCCGAAA